AUGGGUUUCUCGAGCAUCUUCGAAGGCUCCAAGCCCACCGCGACCGUCUCGACCGAUAUUGAGGCGAGCGACUCCGAGCCUUCUGUCAUUCACGAUGGAGGCCUUGCCUAUACACGUGUCAAAGGUGGCAACGGCUCCAAGCCCUCGUACCAAGAAGCAGUUGGUGCCCCUGUCGAAUCGAAGUCGCCUCUUGGAUACAAUGUUGGAUGGGUCACCGUCAUCUUUCUCAAUGUGAAUAUGAUGAUUGGAACGGGUAUCUUUUCCACACCUGCAAGUAUCCUUAACCGAGCUGGCUCAAUUGGCCUGGCACUCAUCAUCUGGUUCAUCGGCUUCAUCAUGGCUGCUUCUGGGUUCAGUGUCUACCUGGAGCUUGCGAGUUAUUUCCCUAACCGCAGUGGUUCUGAGGUCGUCUAUCUCGAGCAAGCCUAUCCCCGACCCAAGCACUUCUUCCCUGUCACCUUUGCUGUCCAGUCUGUCAUUCUAUCUUUCAGCAGUAGCAAUGCUGUUGUUCUAUCCAAGUACCUCUGGCGAAUGACAGGUGACACCCCCACAGAGUGGCAGAUGCGUGGUGUCGCCAUUGCGGCUUACACUCUAGCCGUCAUCUUUGUCAUUGCUCACAACAAGUACUCUCUUUGGCUUGUUAACUUCAUCGGUGCUCUCAAAAUCCUCACUUUGGUCUUCAUCAGCAUCGCCGGUCUCGUCGUUCUUGGUGGCAAUGUCGACCGUAUCCCCGACCCCGGACUUAACUUCCGAAACGCAUUCGAAGGUGCUUCUCCCAACGGAAACGAUCUGGCUAGUGCUCUCGUCAGUAUCGUAUUUUCAUAUGCUGGUUACUACAAUGCCUUCAACGUCGUCAAUGAGAUCCAGAACCCCAUUCCCACCCUCAAGCGAAACGGUACUGUGUCUCUGACUGUUGUCGCCGUCUUGUACAUGCUCUGCAACAUUGCCUACUUCGCCGUCGUUCCAAAAGAGGAGUUUGCCGAGGCCAGUGAGAUUGCGGCCUCCAUCUUCUUCUCCAAGCUCUUUGGUGGUAGCGAGUCAGCUGCCAAUGUCCUCAACUUUCUCGUUUUGCUUAGUGCUUUCGGUAACCUUCUUGCGGUCCUGAUCGGCUCUGGACGCAUGAUCCGUGAGAUUGGACGACAAGGUGUUCUGCCUUUUACCAACUUUUGGGUUUCUACCAAGCCCUUUGGUACUCCACUUGGCCCGUAUGUUGUCAAGUGGAUUUUGACAUUUAUUAUGAUUGUCGCCCCUUCGGCUGGUGAUGCCUUCACUUUCGUUGUGAGCCUGGGCACUUACCCUGAUGCUAUGUUCAGGUUCGCUAUGGCUGUUGGUGUUUAUGUUAUUCGUCGUCGACGCGCAAAGGCUGGCAUUGGCCGCUCUGACUUCAAGGCAUGGCAUCCUGCUGUUAUCUUCUAUACCCUCAUACAAGUCUUCGUCCUCGUCAUGCCAUGGUACCCUCCCAAGGGUGGCCCAUAUGCUGGCGAUGUUAGCUUCUGGUAUGCCACGUACUGUGUUGUCGGUAUUGCUAUUGUUCUUGUUUGCGCUCUUUACUAUGUGGUUUGGAUGUAUCUGUUGCCCAAGUGGAAGGGAUAUGCCAUCCGUACUGAGAUUACCAACGUUGAUGACAAUGGAGCCAACACUCACAGAUUGGUUAGAAUUCCCUAUGCUGAUGUUCCUCGGUGGGACGAGGAACACGACGAAGCUGGUAAUAUUCGACAGAGGUCCGUUACUGUAGUCCCUAGCUCGGAGGGUUCCUUCAAGGCAUAG